GAUUACCAAAGACUGGGGAGAGGAAGGCGGAUGGGAGAAUGGAGCAAGAUUGGUCAACAGACUCUGACUGUGAUUUUUCUCACUAAUGACAAAAGGAAUAACCUCUAGUGAGAAUGAAAUGAUGAAGGGUCUUUGAAAUUCUCUACUCUCUGAACACAGUGAAUGUGAAUGAAAGAUCUCAGGAAGAGUUUUCAAAAAGCUUAUUGCUCAAUCACCAGCCUUUGCGAGGAGUUGUGGAUUGACUGCUGUCUGCAAUAAGGUCACCAGAAACUGCCAUAGCUCUCAAGGCAAGCACAUGCUGAUAAUGACAAGCUGCUGAGACUCAAAGCUAUGUUUUAGCCCCAACCCCAGCACAGACUCACCACGAAGCUCUUUGAUUUCCAGACGGAACUUUCAUGAGGACGCACCACACUUAACUAAACCCUUGACCUAACAGACCUAUAGUGAAGAUGAAACCCCAAAGGUAGCCAAGGGAUUUGGUAUUUUAGUCAUGUUCUUUCAUGCCUUAGUACCUUUAAGGUAAGCUCACACAGAGGUGGCCAUGAAAUGGUUAAAUAGCAAAAUCCCUGACUUCUGUAGUCAGCGAGAAACAUCCGAGAGUGUGUCAUAUGGUCAAAAGCCUCUUUGCAAAAAGGAAAACAUUUCAAGUCACAGAUUCAUUCUUUUAUUUCUACUCAUUCAUUCAUUUUCUUCAAUAAACAUUUAGGAAGCUCCUACUGUUUGCCAAUAACUCAACAGAGCUCUGGAGAAACAGAUGAAUUCAAUGUGGCCUUUUGACUAGGGACAAUCGCCCACCACACUUCUGAUAACAGACAAGCCCUUCUUCAGCACUACAGGGUUAGCCAACCACAGUAUUCCAUCCCCCUGGCCUCAGUCAGAACCUUUGCUCCAGAAAUUUUCCUCUGGAACUAUCAGGAAGGACUUCCAGUUACCCCGGGGACGCCAUUUUGGAAACCUAGUACUGUCAUGGCCAAAUUAUCUAUCUUGGAGGAACAGCACCUACAGGAGUGAAGCCACCACACAGAUGGAAACAAAGGAGGAAGAAAAGGAAAGGGAGAGGAAAAAGGAGGAGGAAGAAGAAAGAGAGAAGGGGGAAGGGAAAGGAAGAUAAGAAGGAUACCACUCGGCAUUGUUUGCCUGGAUCCAGUCCUGCCACAAGCCAAUACCACCACCACCCUUUUUUUAAAAUCAAUUUUAUGACCCUGAGGCAAUAAUUCUUGCCCUCCUCCCAUGCAUACUUUUCACUACACUGAUCUUAACUACCUGAAACUGAGAACAUUUAGAUAAAAACCAGAGAAUUUGAGGUCAAUUUAGUAGCACAGCAACCACAUACAUAAAUAAUUGCAAAAAAAAAGUGAUGAAGCAUAAAUACAACACACUGUCAUGGUACAAAAAAGAAAGAUCAACUCAGCUUAGACGGUUUAUAGUUCAUCAGCCAGAGGUUGGCUUAUUCUUUUUUUUAAGGGACGUAGCCUAUAACUACAUCACAGAAAAAACAACAUGUAGGUGUCCCCUUACUCAAGAAAGGCCUUGUGACACUGGAGGUAAGUUUGGAAGAAUAUGGAUCUGUCAACCUGAGGAACUGGGAAAGAUGCAAAUAUGGAUCUGUCAACCUGAGGAAUUGGGAAAGAUGCAAAUAGAUAAAAACAGAACUAUGGUCCAACAGAUGUGGUAUAUUUGGUAUGGUAGAUUAGAUACAUCCACAAAUUCUUUGCUGCCCAUCCUAGUAAGAGGCAUGGCCUAAUUCCUCUCCCCUUGAAAAUACACUGACAUUUAGUGA